AUGGACGGCGGGGCGAGAACUGGCUCGGGGAACAUAUUCGGGGUGACGCUGCACGUCGAGGCUGCUGGCGAAAGGCCAGCAGAGACGUUGACGUUCCUCAAGGUCGCCACCAGAGCCGUCAUCAUCGGCCGCCAAUCUAAGCAAGGACGCCUGGAGCCUGAGAGUGCCGUCCCCCGCAACGCCCUUUUCCUUUGUCCCGUAGUCAGUCGCAAGCAUGCCAAGAUCACCUUCACGGAAUAUGGCAACGCGUACGUCAUGGACUUGCGUUCCCACCAUGGAACGCACAUCCUCCGCCCGGGUGAAACGCUCGCCAAGAUGCUCGAGCCCGAGAUUGCUACCGUCCUCGCCGACGGAGACAUCAUCACAUUUGGCAAGAGUGUCGGGCGCGACAGGGACCUCGUACUGCCCGUCGUCGCGCGCGUACAGCUCCUCUUCGCACCAGCUGCAGCAGCUCUCGCACCGCCACUACCCGAGCGCAUAUCCAUCUCUCCCGACACGGCUCCUUCAGAGCAGUCGCCCGCUCCCGGGACGUCCGGGCGAUACGGAAUUUACGUAUCGUCCGACUCCUCGGCAUCGUCAUCGGCCGGAGAUUCUGACAUCGAAGAGAUCCCCCCGCCGCCGCCGGCGGUCUUCUCGCCUUCGCUGAGAGCGAGGACAUCGCAAUCAUCUCAGGCAUCCAGCCUCAGUGGUAGACUGCAGCUUCUGAGAAACCUGUUACCCGCCGCACCCUCCACUUGUGUGGACGAACCCAUGCCGACUGCUUUCACGCAGCUCCUUGCCCUUCCUAUUUCCGGUGCGAUAGACGCUGACAGUUCAUCGUCUGAGAGUUCAUCCUCUUCCGCGGACUCUUACGCAAGGGACGAUGACGAUCUGUACAUGGAGGAGCCUUCCAUACAGCCCGGCCAUGCCCUGUUCGACGAGUGGCACAGUCUCUACGAGCCACCAAGUCCCAGGCCUGUGGGCAGCUUCGAGGUUCCGCGCGCACACUCCACGGAAGUGCAGCCCCCCUCCCCUGUCGGUGCAGACGCCGAGCCUUUCCCUGGCCAGCUCGAGAUUCAGAACGAUCGUCCAAUGAGCCCUGUCCCUCCAGUCUUGCUCACCGCCCUCGAGGACAGCAUCCAGACUGCCCGAGAGGACAUCUCCGUGCUACGCCAGACCCGCAGUACGGACGAGGAGCGCUUCGAGGAGCACGUCCGUGAGAUGAAGGCGCGCCUCGCCGCUCUCGACGAGGCCAUCCGCGUGCCCGCUCAGUCUGCGGCUGAGCGUGAUGCGGCGGUGACAAAUGUCGUAGCGCGCAUGGAGGCCUUGCAGGGGCAGAUGACCGCGUUAGAGCAUCGCGCGGCUGACGUCGGACCUCUCGAAGACGGUCUGAAGGAGAUCAGGGCGAUGCUAGAAGAGAUCAAGAUGAUCCGCGAGAACGGCGAGAGGCAGGUCGCACUCGAGCUCGAGGCCGUCCGGGUCGCUCGUACACAGGCGGAGGCUGCGGCAGCGGAGGCUGUCGCGCGGCUGGCUGCGAACCCGCUGAAGCGCAAGCGUUCCGAAGACGACGACUUCUACAUGGACGACGAUGCGGGUGAUGUACGCGUUGUCGUGCCUAUGCCGAAACGCAGGCGCAUGGUUGGCCGCGUUGCGACGAUGCUCGCGCGGACGGCGACCGUGGCGACAGUCGGUGCUGUUGCGGCAUGGACGGCUCUUGCCUUCGCGUGA